AGUCGGAACACUGCCAUGGACGCGACAAUGGUGCUGCGCUCGCACGACCUCGUCACGCUCGUGACGUCGUUCCAAGCGGGAUGGUAUCACGAAGACUUGAUCCUUCUUCCACUCUUCACCGGAAGGUUUGCAGUCUUGCGUCAGGUCGGGGUCGACGGUAACGCUAACCUGGAGCUUGGAUGUGGUCUGUUGUGCACAAGUGACGAGUCCCUUCGUCGAUUUGAUGCGGUGUAUCGUCCCUGGUACAAGACACAUCAUGAAAUCCAUGGCGUUCGUCGUUUGCUACGAUGUCGCGACUCUUGUCGCUACGUCCUGUACAUCCACGCUUGUUGCUUUGGAUACCUCGGCGUUGUGCUGGAAUUGAUAGCCACGUGGCCGAAACUGCGCAACAUGCCACGGUACCUCGAUCUCAGUGCUUGGAAUGGCCAGCUUCACGUGGUGGAAUACCUUCAAGAGCACCAGUACGACGAAUUUGCGACUACUGCAGUUGACUGGGCGGCGCGACAUGGGCACUUGGAGAUUGUGAAGUACUUGAGCGGCCCUCUCGAACCACCGGAACACUGCACGGCUAUGGCCAUGGACUGGGCAGCAGAAGGGGGGCAUUUUGAUGUGGUGACAUUUCUACACAACCAUCGCAGUGAGGGGUGCACAACCGACGCUAUCGAUUUGGCUGCCCAGAAUGGACACCUUGACAUUGUGACGUUCCUAGCUGCCCAUCGAACGGAGGGCUGCACGACUCUCGCGAUGGACAUGGCCGCCCAAAACGGACACUUCGAGGUUGUUCAAUUUCUUCACAACCGCUUUCCUGACGUGGGAUGCACCACCGACGCAAUUGAUCUGGCCGCGAUGCAUGGCCACUUGAUAAUCGUGCAAUUCCUCAGAGAAAACCGACAAGAAGGCGGGACCUCCGACGCCCUGAAUUGGGCAGCUGAAAACGGACAUGUCGAUGUUGUGAAGUAUCUUCACCAGCAAGGGGAAGACAACAGCGUCGUGACUGUUGCCAUGGACGGCGCGAUUCAAGCUGGACAGCUCGAGGUGGUGCAGUAUCUGUUUUAUUUUCGACUCGACCCUUUGAACAUGUGGGCGUUGGCUACAGCCAGAGAGCGAGGCCAUCGACAUGUCUUGGAAUGGCUGCACGGGGCCUUGAAUCCCUCGAUUCAACAAUUGAGUUUGGCGGUUCCAACAGACUCCUUGAAUGCUUCCACUAUGACUGUGCCACCACCGAGCGAGGCACAGUAGAAGGUGCCUGUAAUAUCCUCAUAGCAUUAUGCCGUAAACCUCAAGGAUGCUGUUUGCUCCUACCCUUCGUCAUCUACUCAUGCUCGGAAGUUGCGCUGCAUUUCAUCGGAUGGACAGCUUGACGGCAUUCCCUGCGUUCAACGACAUCUGCGCAUGCGGCCGUAUCAACUCGACUACAGCCUGCGUUUGCAGCUCACCAUGCGCGUUCUGGAGUAACGCGGACUGCAACGCGAGCGGGACGGCCGUCGUCGAAACAAAGCGAAGGCAUUUAUCAAACACGCCAGUCGUAAUGCGAAAAUGUAGUCGGGUUCCUCAGCAA